AACUUUCAAACUGGUUUGGGUCAACCGUGUGAUGCACUUUGCCUGACUGCUGUGACAGGUCCAACAGAGCUCAGCGCAGCGUGCAGUGCGUAUGUGAUUCCCUGCAGUUGCCUGACAACUUAUACUGAGGGAAAAGAAGUCCCAAAUUGAAACCGGGACGGCCAGAACCGAGAUGAACUCCACCGGUGACACUGAGCCGACAGCAGCCGGCAAAUCCUCGGGCAGGACCCUCGCUUUGACUGUAUGCUCUGCCGCCAUUGGAGGCACCUUCCAGUAUGGCUACAACAUCUCAAUCAUCAACGCUCCUACCAGCUACAUCCAGGGUUUCAUCAAUGACACCUACAUGGAACGCUGGGGCACCGGCCUGGAUAUGCCUCAGGUGACCCUUGUGUGGACCCUGAUUGUAUCAGCGUUCCCGCUGGGGGGUUUGCUCGGUGCCCUGAUAGGAGGGCCCCUGGCAGUCCGCUUCGGUAGGAAGAACACGCUGCUCCUGAACAACUCCUUCAUGUUUGCUGGCGCUGUGCUUGUGCUGACAUGCAGGGUGGCCAAAUCAUUUGAGAUGCUCAUCAUUGCUCGGGUUCUUGUGGGGAUGAACUCGGGGGUCAGUAUGAAUGUCCAGCCUAUGUAUUUUGGGGAGAGUGCCCCCAAACACCUCCGAGGUGCCGUGGCCUUUUCCUCGGCCGUCUUCACUGCAUUCGGGAUCUUCCUGGGCCAAGUUGUGGGACUCACUGAGGUGCUGGGUGCAAAGCCUCUUUGGCCCUACUUGUUAGCUAGUAACGCUUUGCCAGGGUUGAUCCAGCUCUUUACCCUGCCCUGGUUCCCUGAAAGCCCCAGAUACCUUCUCAUUGACCGUGGAGACAAGGAAGCAUGUAUGAAAGCGCUUGGAAGGCUUCGUGGUGGGGAGGCUCCUGUCCAAGAGAUGGAGGAGAUGCUUCAGGAGCAGCAGCAGCAGAAAGCCGCAAAUUCUGGGUGUGCAGCUUCUGCCAAGACGCCCUGGUCCCUGUUCAAGAGUCGUGACCUGCGAGCCCAGCUCAGGACAGUCAUGACUGCCAGUUCUGCCAUGAUGCUCUGCGGCAAUGACUCGAUCUACUUCUAUGCUUAUUACAUCUUCCUCGCAGCGGGGAUCCCUCCAGAGAAAAUCCAGUAUGUCACCAUUGGCACUGGGGCGUCUGAGUUCACUGCCUCUAUCCUGAGUAAUCUUCUGAUUGAACGCGUGGGUCGCAGGUACCUUCUUGUGGGUGGGUACACUCUUAUGUCUUGCUGGACCAUAGUCUUCACUGUAGCUCUUAACCUCCAGAGCCGUGGGGUGGCUGGGAUGGCCUACCUCAGCAUGGCGUGUGUGUUCAGCUACAUCCUAAGCUUUGGCCUGGGCCCAGCGGGGGUGACGGGGAUUUUACCAGCCGAGAUCUUUGACCAGGCAGCUCGGCCGGCAGCGUAUAUGGUCGCUGGCUCGUUCAUGUGGAUCAGCCUGUUCUCGGUUGGAAUGCUGUUCCCCUUCAUCGUCAAAGGCCUGGGGGACUUCUGCUUCCUACCCUUCUUGGUUGUGUGUGUGGUAUCAGCCCUGUCUUUGGGGCUCACUUUACCAGAGACCAAGGGCAAGACUCUGGCCGAGAUAACCGCAGAGUUUGAUAGACAGAAUGGAGUGACGAGGGAGAUGCCAGAAAAGCUGGUGGACGAGCCCAUUACGCAGCUGGGUGAAGCCUGUUCCUUCACUGCCCUCGCGUAUGAUCCUGACCCUCACCCGACCACAAGACUGGGGAGGGAAAUUUGACAUCCUCCAGUAAAAGUGGAGAUGAAACGGGCAACACCUUCAUGGCCUCUUCAGUGAUUGAUUACAUAACAGAUGAAGCCCAAAGUGUCCUUUCAAUGAAGCCAUUUGUGUAAUAAUUGAUCACCCAGUUAUGUUCAAAUGUCAAGUUAAAUCAUGCAAAGCUUUGUAUCUGUUAACCAGGAGUGGAAAUCAUUAGAACACUUAUGCUGGUGGAUUUCCAAAUUUCCAAGACAAGGAAUACUGGGAGGAAUAAUCUAUUACAGGUUUUAGUCUUUUCUGUCGUCCUUUCAUUCGGUAUACCCUGCUUCAGCAGUUUUAAAAAAGCAGGCUUUCACAAAAUAAUUUUGUCACUAUUUUCCACCUCAAUCAGCUGCUUUGGUCAAUUCUCUUGCAGUUUCUUCGCGUAAACUUGACUUCAUGCCAAAUUUUUAAUCAACAUUUUGAUUUACUUUGCUUUUAUGAAUUUAUAGUAAGACUUUAUUGUACUCCUGAGCUUCAUUGAACGCUCCGGGAACAAUAAACAGACUGAAGUAAACAGAUAAAGUGCUUGUAAACAUGCUCUAGUCUUUCCUUAGUGAACCAUGCUUCAACUGUGCAACGUUAGACCUGCCGUGCCUGACGUGCUGAACCCAAAGUGUGAUGGAUUAUAUACCUCCAGUGUAGCCACAUAGCUCAUAUUCAUACCCACUUGAAUUGUCUGAACUUAUGUACAAUAAUAGAGGUUUUUGCUGUAGAGUCGGUAAUGAUUUGAAUUGCAUGUAUUCAAGGAUUAUCCUCUAAUCCAACACACUGCACUUUGUUGAUAACAGUGCUUGUUUAUGGUGUAAUAUGAUUACAUUCUCUGCUCCAUCAACAUCUCUAUCCAAGCCAGUGAUCCAUGCUUGUGUACAUUUUCCUGCUCAGUGAUUCAAAGAGGUAACAUAGCCUCUCUUAACUCAGUCUACAGACUGGACUGUAUGUGUGUUAGUAUAGACUCCCACGCAAGUGAUCCUUCCUACUGGUGCUUCUAACAUCAAAAUCCCAUUUAACCAUCUCUUGUGAUGUUUUUUGUGUGUAUACUCACGACCGAAUUACAUGUGUGUUUAUGACUGCAGUGCUGUAAAACAGCCAGUAGAUGUCGCCACUGUUGUAGCUCUCCGCUCUGUGCUCAAACGUAAAAAUUUUCAAGCGACCAACAUGGGUCACAGAUGUAACACCCAGGCAAAGAUGUAAUUCAACAGCUGUCAGCUCACAGGCCUUACAAGCCUUCUGUUGACCAUCUGCCACAGCCUCUGUAUGUUACCGUUCACAGAUUAUUUCUUAGGAUGAAUCAAGGGACAACAUCUAUUCAUUAUUUUACAUUUAAGAUGCUUCACUUAAGAGUUUAUAUUUUUUAAAAUUAAUAAUUUAUAUCAUCUGAUUAUUCCUUGAAAACGACAUUCUUGCUGCUUUUCAGAGAAAACACGAUAUUGCUGCAGCAGUUCGAAGAUGCUUUUCACUAAAUGAAUGUUACAUAUUUAUUGUACGAUGCUGUCUCACCAAAGCAUGUUAUGACAAUCUUCAGUGAUGAUAUGGAUUGUGUAUUGGACUGAUGUACGAUGUUCAGGCUUUAUUUUGUAUAAUUGAGUAAUUAAUAUAUAUUUUGCACACUGAAA